AUGAAAUUCUUCGUGCUGUUACUGGCUCUUGUCUCAGUUGCUCAUUCGUUUGACAGUACUUUCAAAUAUGGUUGCGAUUCAACCAAAUGUGUUUACCAGUUCGUAGUACCAGAGGUCAUAUCCGCCUAUAUUGAUCCUCAAAUCUUCAGCGCAGAUUUCAGCAACUUAACUAACAGCAUGAACGCUCUUUCAAGCUUCUUAGGUUCACAUGAAAACCUUUCACCGACAACGUCAAAUCAGUUCCUUUCUGCGUUCGACCAGAAAUAUCAAAGUCAGAGUCCUGCCAUUAACGCCACCGUGGAUACAGUUGCUAACAUUGAUCAAACCAAUUACACUGCUCUGAAUGCUGAUAGUGUCUCUUUGUUGGAUCUCUCCACUGAUUUGGUAAUAAAGGGAGACUGCUUUGUCGCCGGAACGGAGACUAGUAGCUACUGCGGAAGCAAAACGAAGCAUACUACAACUCCUGCUCCUUCAAGUGCCCCAGCAACUCAACCUUCGGGUGCCCCAGCAACUCAACCUUCGGGUGCCCCAGCAACUCAACCUUCGGGUGCUCCAGCAACUCAACCUUCUGGUGCUUCAUCAACCCAACCUUCGGUUGCUCCAUCAAAAGCAUCUUCGGGUGCUUCAUCAACCCAACCUUCGGUUGCUCCAUCAAAAGCAUCUUCGGGUGCUUCAUCAACCCAACCUUCGGUCGCUCCAUCAGAUCCAGCUCCUUCAAGUUCUUAA